AAAAUGCUCAAAUGCUCACACGCCAUUAGGAGAAUAUCACCGCGAAAUCUUUGCACGGCGAGUACCUCCGCGGAAAUCGCCAAUGCUGUUCCAUUAAUUUCCAACAAUCGUUCAUAUGUGUUUGAUACUCCACAAGUAUCAGUUCCAACGUUUGAGUUGAGUCGUCGAGUUGGAAAUCUCUUCGCGCAGUCCUUCUACACAUUAUGUUACGAGAAAAGCUUCACUGUUGAGAGCUUGGUGCACGGAGCCAAUAAAGGCAUUCACAGUCUUUCUCAUUUUCUAGCUGAUGAAAAAUGGGAUCAAAUGGAGAAUUUGGCGGUGAAAGAUGCUGUUGAGAAUAUGCGAGAAGCCAGAAAAGGGCUUUCGAAGCAAUUAGAAAAUGCUCUUCGUUUCUCUCCAGACGACAUUUUGCUCUCAUUUCUCCAUUCGACUGUCAUCUCCGGUCGGGAUGUUCUCAAGUUGAGCAGCAGCCGAAAUAUCGGAAUUUAUUUCACCGUCGUCUCUUUCGUUCGAUUGUCAGAGAAAGUUCCGGAGAACGCAAGUAUUGGAGAGCUCAGCGGAAAGUACAAGAGUGAUGUGCUCGUUUGCAAUGCAACAUUUUCCCGCGUUCUUAAUCCUCUGGGAGUGUGGAAAGUGACGAACGCCAACUUUUUCCUGCAAAACUAGUUGGAAUUGCAAAUGUAGAAGAAAAAACUAAAAAGCUCAAUCGUUAGGAAUAUUUAUGGACAACGAUGAUGGAUUUGACUAUUUGUUCAAAAUUGUGCUUGUCGGCGAUAUGGGAGUCGGAAAGACAUGUGUAGUUCAACGCUUCAGAAAUGGAACAUUUGUUGAUCGUCAGGGAACCACUAUCGGCGUCGAU